CAAAGAAGCUUUUGUAUUUUUUUGUGUAUUUAUUUCCAAACCUCUGUAUCUUUUCACUUUUCUAAGUUUUCUCCUACUCUUCCACAAGCGUAAUAAUUGACCUAUAUACCUCUACUCUUCUCUCGUUCAUUCAAAUUACAGCUAAACGUUCGUUUUAUAAAAUUUAAAUCAUAUAAUAUUGAACGUUUCCCUCCUUCCUCCUUCUUGUCACCGAAUUUGCUGGCAACAAGUUUUCUAAACUAUCCCGCUCUCAAUUCUCGUAAUAUACAUUUGCCAGGUAUUAGCAUAAAAAGUCUUUCACGCAUUGAUCUUCUACUAUCAUGGCUCGUUCCGGUCUACAAAAGCAAGUGAUACGGUUUUAUCGUCAAUGUCUUCAUGCAGCUAAACAAAAGGAACAUAUUUAUCAACCUCAUUGGCUUGAAUUUGUACACAAAGAAUUUCGUCGAAACCAAACGAUUCCCCGAACUGAAUUCUUCUACAUUGAACAUUUGCUAAGAAUUGGUCAACGUCGCUAUGAGACUUAUUCUCGGCCAGAAGUAAAGGACAUUAACUUGACUUAGUGCCUUCGUGCUUCUUGCUAUUCCUAUAUUUUCUCAAGUCCCCUUCAAAACGACUGCCAUAACAUUAUCAUGUCAAAUUGUUAAUUACACCUUUCUUCUUCCUUACUCUUUUUGACUAGUAAUCACGUCCAGCUCAAUCCCUCUCAUCUCCUUCAACUACUAUUAGAGCACAAACCCACGCUUUUAUACAUUACUCUACAAUUUCUUCAACACCUUCUUACCUUAUUUUUACGAUCAAGAAAAUUUUAUUUUUUUUAACCCAAAAUGUAACAGGGAAUUAUUUCAC